AGGGGGGUCAGUUGCUGUCCGGAGUUUAGCGAGGUAGCAGCUAGGCUGUGCUGUGCCAGCAGCGGCUACAAAGAUGCACUCAGCUCGGGCUGUGUUCAACACAGAGGUCCAUGGCAGCUAGUAGCCUACAUGUUUAAUUCAGAGGGUGAACGGUUGUCGCGGUACGACACGGACACGGACGCUAGCAGAAAUGGCCGGCAUUAUAAAAAAGCAAAUUUUGAAACAUUUGUCAAGGUUCACCAAGAAUCUGUCCCCGGACAAGAUCAAUCUGAGCACACUGAAGGGGGAGGGGCAGCUGUCCAACCUCGAGCUCGAUGAGGAGGUUCUGCAGAACAUGCUUGACCUGCCGACAUGGCUGGCUGUCACCCGGGUCUACUGCAACAAAGCCGCCAUCAGGAUACAAUGGACAAAGUUGAAAACAAGCCCCAUCUGUCUGUUCUUGGAUAAGGUGGAGGUAGAAAUGCGGACAUGUGAGGAGCCACGUCCACCUAAUGGCCCCUCUCCUAUAGCGAUCACAGCAGGCCAGAGCGAGUACGGCUUUGCAGAGAAAGUGGUGGAGGGCAUGUCUGUCAGGAUCAACUCCAUCACCAUCAAGGUGCAUUCUCGUGCCUUCCAUGCCUCCUUCGAGCUGUGGCAGCUACAAGGCAACAGCCUCAACCCCAAAUGGCAGCGCAGUGACCUCCGCUACACCCGCGUCACCGACCCAAAGAGAGGAGAGGUGUUGACAUUCAAAGAAAUAAACUGGCAGAGUCUACGAAUAGAGGCGGAUGCCAUAGAGAGUGAUGACCAGGACCUCGGUAGCACCCCGUUACGUCUCAUCACCAACCAGGGUCGCAUUCGCAUUGCUCUAAAACGCAGAAUAAAGGACUGUAAUGUGCUGGCAUCCAAGCUGCUUUUCAUUCUGGAUGACCUGCUGUGGGUGCUGACUGACUCUCAGCUCAAAGCCAUCAUCCAUUACGCCAAAUCUCUCAGCGAGGCCAUGGAGAAGUCUGCCCAGCAGAGGAAGAGCAGGGCUGCUGAAUCCCUACAGACUGCUCCUCCAUCACCUGGCCUCCACAGCCUCUGGACUGAGCCCCCUCCCGCUCCUACUGGUACCCCCAGCAACAUGAGUCAAUACUUUGAUCUCUAUGAUGUCAAAGAGUCUUCGUACCACACCUUCAUAUCCCGCUUGGAUUUACACGUAUGCAACGACAGUUCUUCAAUGGAUGAAGAUGACGCUCCACCACCGGGCUUACAAGGUGCCAUGCAGCUGACAUUCAGGAAGCUGGGUUUCGACUACUACCCUGUCCACAGACCUGCUGAUGGGUGUCGACACUGGGAACGCCACAGCGGAGCCAUGGAGGCUCAGGCCCAGUGGGCUUGGAAGCUGCUGCAGGAGUACCAGAGGAGACCAGAGACUUCUGGGUUCCCUGGGCCACAGACUGAGGCGGCCCAGCCAACCAAGGACUCCUCUCCAAAGACAGCACGAGACGGACAGUCCAGUCCCAAGUCGAGCCCCGCUGACACAGAGCAGCUGCCCCGCAGGAACUCUGUCCCAGCUCCUUCAAGGUCGUCUCUGAAGAGGCUGCGAUCCAGCUGUGUGGUGGUCAGGAUGGAUGACGUGGACAUUCACCAGGUGUCUACAAGAGGACGUCAAAACAAGAAGACGCUGUCUUUAAUAUCCUGCAACCGUAAAGCUCUGAAUUUGCCAGACAACGUACCGGCAGUUCAUCUCGAAUUCACUGAGUACUACUUUCCUGACAACCCCACUUUCACAGUGCCCACCUCAAACCUGUAUGGCCAGCUGAACGGCCUCCAGCUCUGUGUAGACCCACCCAGCGUGUUGUGGAUCAAUCUGUUCUCCAGGGGUCUGCUGCACACCCUGGACCAGGUCAAAGCUUUCUACCAUUUGCAAGACAGCAGCAGGGCCGAAGAGCACGUAGACAUCCGCGUAGAUGCAUCACAGCUUAAGUUAAUAAUCCCCUUGGAUUCUUCCAUAUUGGAUCAUCCGGAGCGUCCACAGUCCCUCUCUGUUACUGUACCCCAGAUGGUUCUCAGCAACACCCGCCUCUGCCCUCAUGGCUCCAGAGCUGACCUCAAAAGCACCAUUGACAAGUUCUCUAGCUGCCCUUUUUUCCAGCCCACACCUCCCUGCUGCCCCUACCCCAGAGACCAGAGUGCCUUCCACCCCAUCCCAUCAGCCUUCCUUCAGCACUCUAAAGAAACAGUGCUCCAACCUCUGGACAAAAAGCAGCUACGAUCACAGGACGUCUGGUCUCUCAGUCUGUCCCGUGUGACCUUAGGUUUUGACGGAGCGCGGCGAUUCCCCAAAGGCAGAACUCAACCUUUUGUUGAGCCCUUCGCAAUGUCUGUGUGGAUGUGUCAGCCCGCUGCCUUUAAAAACAGAUCAUCGUCUUCCCCCUCUAGUCCCAGCACGGCCCAGCAGCCUUCCUCAGAGCAGGAAGAGGCUCCGCAUGCCUCUUUCCACGUCUUGGCCAACACCAUCACGCCGGUGAAGAUGUGGCUCAACCACUACCAGUAUGUUGCCCUGCUGAGGAUGAAGGACGCCAUGGCUCGAUUAGGGGCAGAGUUGGGUCAGGAUCUACGAGACGUUAAACAGGCUCACGGCCAGAAGACAAAACCUACUACAGCUUGUGUUGCCCUCCUGGUGGACUCUACAGAAUUGGGUCUUUUGUUGCCGCCGGUGUCCACAGAGCCCGAUGAAGAAGUCCCCCACACUCCAGAGACUGAUAGCCCCAGCAUGACUGACUCUGACAUCUCCCCCACUCAUCACUCUGCAGUGCUGGAGGACAGCGGGUUAGAAAAUGGCAUCUCCUCCAUCAACACCGCCACUGCGUUUGACCAGGAUGAACAGGACGAGGUGGUGGAGGAGGCAUGUGAGGCUGUGGAGGAGGGCUUGGACGGGGACGGUUUGACAACACAGGAGGACACCCCUGUGCUUUCACCUCCACUCUCACCUGGACACUCCCCUGUCCUCUCUCGCGAACCGUCCAACUUCAGCCUGGAGGGAGAGCUGUCAAGCGCCAUCAACGUCACCAAGGAUGUGACCAAAGAUGCCAUUAGUGCCUCGCUGGACUUGACCAAAGGGGCGUUUUCAAUAACAAAGGACGCCUUUAGCAUGCUGAGUCGUGGCUCAGGGAUGAGCAAAUUGUUCAGUCCGCAGGCAAAGGAACAGGUCCAGCGUACAGAAGAGUCCUCCCCCUCCCUGGCUGCCAGCCUGCACCACCAAUCCAUGAAGCAGUCGCCUUCCCAGCAUUCCUUUGAUAGUGCUAUCUUGGAUGGCAGCCUGCCUGACGAGAAUCUCUCUGUGGAUAGUGACGUCAGCGACAAUUUUGUUGUUCUCAUGGACUCAGAGUCAGGUGUGGAGUCCAUGCGUCCCAACAACACUCCUGUGGGCAGUCGAGGCAGCCCAGCCCCAGGGACAGAGGGAGGGUCAUCAGCUGAUCUCAGCAGCUCUCUGUCCCAAAGUAUUGAGGACGUGUCUCAGGAUAUGUCCUCAGUUUUGUUGCUGGUCCUGAGUGGAACAGCCUGUACUAUGGAAGCAAAGGGAGAAGACCAAGUUGUUGCUGUAGAAACUCAGAGCGUGACCCCUGUGCAGUUGGGAACUGUCAGAGUAUCAGACCUGAUGGCCGGCCUCGUACAAGCCCCAGGCGGACAAAACCAGAAGCAGGACAGGCCGCGCAGCAGGGGCUCUCCAGCAGUGUGCAUGCGAGCAGAAAUGGGUCCGUGUGCAGCCCGACACUCUGCUCUGGCUGAGUCUCUGGGAUUCCUGGAAAUUAGAGUGCAGGACUGCAAGGCAGAGCUGUUUGCCUCCACUGUGGCCAACAUUGGGCCUUUUCUGGAAGAUGAGUUCAGUGUGGAUGGUCAGCCGAUGAGGUUACACAUGAAAAACAUCACUAUCACUCUGAAGGAUGAUGGCCCUAAAAUCUACCCUACAGCCCCUCAACCUGUCCCAGCCUCGUUCAUUGUAGACGCACUGCUCCUCGAGCGCAGUGAGGAUGGCCUCAUGAGGCUCAAAGCUGAAGGUACCGACCCUGAAGCCUCAGCAGGUGUUCUUGUGGACAACCCGGACAACUCAAACAGUUCCUGCUCUGAUCAACAGCAGAGCGAGGGACAAACCCUGGAGUCCCAGCUCUCUGAUGCCCAGGCUGCUCUCGCCCAGGCCCUCAGCGACAGAGAACGCCUCCUUCUGGAAGUCAGGAAGUAUGACCCCAUGUUUACCCUGUGAGCCUCUCUGUCUUUCACCUCUCAACCUGCUGCAUUGCUGCUCCGGCUGAGGAUCAGUGAUGGGAUGUAUCGGGCUGAAUGUCAGGAACCAGCAAGACUCAGUAAAAGCAUGUCAAGACAUUGGACAUGUUUGAAAAGACGAUGGAUCCGAGCUGUGGCUCUGGAUCACUUCCUACUAGCGAUAUCACACUGUUCAUGGGAUUAUAAAAGAGCCCCUAUAACAAGUACUAAAGGGGAACCUAGUGAACUAACUUGUAGGUACAUUAAUGGUACGACUUUUUAUCUGGCAGUCUAGAUACUCCUCAUUGCUCUACUUAACACAGAUUAUCCUAUUUAUCAUCCAACAGUGUGGACAGUAAACUCAUUGUGUGGUUUCAGUGUUUGUCACACAGCAUGCAAGUUUACAUUUCAUCAAGCUUUAAUUCUCUCCAGUAAAUUCUUGUGUUUCGGAAAUAUUAAGUCAAGCACAUGCCAAAACCUCCUCUUCACAUGCACUGACACUGCCAGACAGCUGCUAGUCCCAUCAGUCACUCCCUCUACAAAACACAACCUAAAGGGAAACAAGUGUAUGUUUCAACCUGGACCCAUUUUCUCCAUGUUUAUGUGUCUAAGUGGCUAAUGGAAACAGGAAUGUUGACACUGGUCAAGUAUUGACAGAGAGCACUGCAGCCAGCAGUGCGAAACAAGCUGCAAUGUAACAGGAAUUUAUGGACUGUUAAUUUAUGUCAGAUUAACAGUUAUGACAGGCUCAGAUUAUUAAGUGUCUGACAACAUUAUGGAAAGGAUACCUACAGAAACAGACCUUUUUGGUAAAGAGUAAGAUCCUUUUCCUUAACCAGGCACAAGGGGUGGGCAAUAUGGUCCUAACAUUAUAUCACGAUAUUUCAUGGAAUUUUUGUGAUAACGAUAUCCUUGACGGUAUGACAAAUUAGCAAAAAAAAAAAAAGGUAUUAUUAAUUUAAGAACAUAGAAUUGCAACAAAAUAAGUGAUUUAGUUUUACAGUUCGCCUUAAUAGUAAGCCUUAAUUCACCCAGUUAGAUAUGAAAAUAUGCCGGCUCUAUACAGGCUAAAAUUACAGUUUCUUUAAAUGGAGUCUGGUGGGUUUAGUGAUGGUGAUUUCCGGGUUUUUUUCUGGUUAAAAGAAAAGGUCUUACUCUCUAACAAAAAAAGUCUGUCUCUGUAGGGAUCCUUUCCAUAAUGCUGUCAGACAAAUUACAAUCUGAGCCUGUUAGUUGCAAAAACAAACACUUUUAGACGUAAACAGACGGUGCACAAAUGCCCCAAGUGUUUACACUGCAGCCUGUUUCGCCUCUGCAGGCUGCAGCCCUCUCGCUCAAUACUGGAUUAGCCUCAAAAAUUGUUACUCCCAUUAGUCAUUUAGUCACAAAAGCAUGACAAAAUAGAGGCUGGGUUGGAAAAAUACUUAAGUUACCCUUUAAUGUCAGGCAUGCUUUUUAAACAGUGCUAAUUCACAUGUAGCACAUUUAAAGGUAGACAGUCAUAAAGCUAAAUGGAGUUAGUAAUGUAGAUUACUUCUGUUAGGUGUGUGUUCCUUUUCAGUUUAAAGUAUUAUGACAAUAUUGUCAGCUGUUACUUGUGAAAGGUAGGGAAAACAAUGCACUUUUUUUUUUUUUUUUUUUUUUUAAGAAAGGCAAAACACUGCUUUCACCAAGAGAUGGAUGCAUCUCUACUUCCACCUUGGUUGCUUUAUCAGCGGGGUGGAAUGGUUACACUCUUAUCAAGUUCUCACUGUUCUCAAAAAGCGGGUCAAAUCAUUCCCCAGUGUUAUUUUUCUUUGAGUUGUGAAACGUCGAUCGUUAUCCUUUUGUACUGUGAAACUGUGCUCUGUGGUAAAGAUGUCCACUCACGACGACACACCUUUCGACCUCUCCCUUUGGCUGUGGAGAGCAGGGUGCACAGUAGCUUCAGUAUUGUAACAGGGUUAGUUUUCUCACUCUAACUCUCUGGUUUAAAGAUUAAACCACCUACCACAGUUAUAAUACUUGAUCUCAGUAAAACUUGUUUUGUAGCUUGCCAGGAAACAACUCAGACUGCUUGUGUUAUUACCUCUGUGCACAUUUGUCAUGUGUAGUAUAAUGGUCACGAACAUAUAUGUGUAUAUUUAUUUAGAUCUGUGAACAUGUGUUUUUUUUAGACCACAGUGUACUGAAGCCAUAUCAAUCAACACAAAUUACAUUUAAAAAAAAUCUGUAGUACUGAUCACGUAUGCAGAGUGUACACAGUGUGUCAUGUAAAUGACCAGUUUCACUAUGAGCACUGAUAUAUUUCAGUGUGUGUAUCCUGCUCUGCUGCAGAUUUGAUCUGAAGCCAGUUGCCUGUUCAAAUUUCCUUCCCUUUCUCCUCUCUAUGCAUAAAUCUGUGACAUGCAUAGAUAGAAACAAUGAUGGAUUUGUUCAUCAAAGACUGUUUAUCGGUACAACAUUCAUUUUAUGAAUGCUCUCAUGAGAAAGACCUCUCUGCUGGCUACAUCUUAGGUACAGAAGUUCUAUUGUUAAACCACUGGUUUAUCAUUUUAGCCUGUGGAGGUAUGUUAUCUAUCUUCAUGGCUGCAAAGCUGUGACAGCCACCUUUCACUCAUCAUUGUCCUGUUGUGUGCUGCGGAGCCCCCUGGUGGCUGGACUGGCCAGAGCACUCCUCAUUCAUUUAUUUUCUUUCUUACAUUUGGUUGCCUUGCAAGCUAUGAAUGACUGAUUUGCAUUCUUAAAGAGGAAUGUAAGAUAUUUAAGCAAUAGACAGACAGCUUAGGUUGAACCAAAAACACGACAAAGAACGGUACACUACACAUUUUGGAUGUGGAAUCUUUUUUUUGUCUUAUAAGACGACUAACGUCAAAGAAAAGUAUUUUACCUGUCCACCAGGUUAUAAUGUUUUCCCUUGAACUGCAUGUGUACUCCACACAUCCGUACUAUCAGUGUAAUAAAGCAGAGAAACUGCCCUUUAACCUCAGUAUAACUUAUAAUCGUGAUCUUCUCAGCUUUUGAUGUUUAUGUUUUUGCAUGGCCUUAGUAGACAAAGACACAGUGGUACGAAACUGAACGCCCCAUGCUGGAUGCAACAUGUAGCUGUUAAGUUUAUCCAGUUUCCCUCUCCUGUCAGGCCUCAAUGUUGAGUAGCAUCUCUAUUCUGCUGACAAACUGGUGCUCUGAGUUCCAUCUGCUCAUAACCAUGCAAACAGGAGACGGACAGAGAGUGAAGCGAGACUCACUGCGGCUCAGAUGUCUCUUUUCAUAAGACUGACCUGGCAAAGUGUUGACACUGAACGCAGAUGCAUGUACUGAAGUUGUGUUGCGUAGUUUAUGCCUUGUGGAUUACUUGCAAUCGUGUGAUAAAUUCACUGGAAAUUGCACUUGUUUCGAUGUGAAUCACUUCAAAGGAUCGCAGAGGAGUCCUUGUGAAAUCUUCCUGAGUGAUGCAAAUGUUGGAGACCCUGUGGACAGUAUUUUUGUCAGUUGUGUAGCAUUACAUUGACUUUUGUAUUGUCUUUAUCACUUCAUUGAGACUAAUAUAUUUGGUUCUGUGAACCAAAGCUAGUAUGUGGAAAAUAUUUUAAAAGUGAAACAAUAAAUGAUUAAUUGCUGAACACA